GUCCGGAUCUCUUCUCGGGGCUAUCGUCUAUCUCGUAUCUAUCGGUAUAUAUCAUCGGUAGUGGUGCGUGGCCCUGUUCUCCGGUGGGUGUUGUUGGUGUGUCGGUGCGCCGUCCCUACCCACUCUACCGAUCCUACCUGGUUGCGACGUGGCGGCCGGCCGCCGGUUCCUCGUUUCGAUAGCCGCGUACCCGCACUGCGGUCGACUCUCGGCUAGAUACGAGGGCCGGUAUUCGCGCGCGUCUCGGUGACAGUCCUCCCGGUGAUUGGCCACGAGCACGACCGCGACGAGGACCGCGACCGCGACGGUUACGCGUCCGGUUUCACGCGCGAGACAAGCUUACGACGACGACGACGACAGUGACGGCGGCGGCGGCGGCCACGGCACCGGCGACAGCACCCGCUACGGCCACGACGUCGGGUACGUGGGGGAUAUGUGCGGGUGCGCCACGUCCACGCGACGAGGACUGGGGACUGCUGCGGGUAAAUCGGCACGGCGCACCAAGUCCUCGUGCUCCCUACACAGCAAGCCCGGGAUACGGUAGCUCGUCCUUCACCGUUACUCCUCAUCGACGCCCGCGGGCAAUGUGCCCACCCGCCGGCAGAGCAACGGGUGGACAAGGCGUACGAUGCUUAGGGAUGCUUGGUCGAACGACGGUGGGAAAGGCUGGUGGCGAUGGUGGUCUAGGUUGGGCGGAUUGCUGGCGAUGGCGACGGCCAUUUCCUGUCUUGUUGCCCCGUUUCCGGGUGCCUCGGCCAAUUCGGAAGCGAAGCGUCUCUACGACGACCUGCUGUCCAACUACAACCGCCUCAUCCGCCCCGUUGGCAACAACAGCGAUCGCCUCACUGUCAAAAUGGGACUGCGCCUCUCCCAGCUCAUCGACGUUAACCUGAAGAACCAGAUCAUGACGACGAACGUUUGGGUGGAACAAGAGUGGAACGAUUACAAGCUGAAGUGGAACCCGGAUGAUUAUGGCGGUGUCGACACCCUCCACGUGCCGUCGGAGCAUAUAUGGUUGCCGGACAUUGUUCUUUACAACAACGCCGAUGGCAACUACGAGGUGACCAUUAUGACCAAGGCAAUUUUGCACCAUACGGGGAAGGUCGUGUGGAAACCGCCUGCCAUCUAUAAAUCAUUUUGCGAGAUCGACGUGGAGUACUUCCCCUUUGACGAGCAGACUUGCUUCAUGAAGUUUGGUUCGUGGACUUACGACGGGUACACGGUCGACUUGCGACACCUUGCCCAGACCGAAGACUCGAACCAAAUCGAGGUCGGGAUCGACCUGACCGACUACUACAUUUCCGUCGAGUGGGACAUCAUAAAAGUGCCUGCCGUGAGGAACGAGGCGUUCUACAUAUGCUGCGAGGAGCCCUACCCCGAUAUCGUGUUCAAUAUCACCCUACGCCGCAAGACCCUCUUCUACACGGUGAACCUGAUCAUACCGUGCGUGGGCAUAUCUUUUCUCUCGGUGCUGGUGUUCUACCUGCCGAGCGACAGCGGGGAGAAGGUCUCGCUCUCGAUCUCGAUCCUGCUGUCGUUGACGGUGUUCUUCCUACUGCUCGCCGAGAUAAUACCGCCCACGUCGUUAACGGUGCCGUUGCUCGGCAAGUACCUACUGUUCACCAUGGUGCUGGUCACCCUUUCCGUGGUGGUGACGAUAGCCGUGUUGAACGUGAACUUUCGAUCGCCCGUCACCCACCGUAUGUCGAGGUGGGUGAGGGUGGUGUUCAUACAAGUGUUGCCGCGGUUCCUUCUCAUCGAGAGGCCGAAGAAGGACGAGGAGGAGGAGGAGGAGGAGGACGAGGUGGUGGUGGUGGGGAGGAACGGGGCCGGGGUUGGCGCGAUGAACGCCAACGGGGAGGCGGUCGGCGAGGAGGACGACGACGACGACGACGGGGACGACGACGACGACGACGACGACGUGGAGGCGGCCAACGGGAAACCGGCCGAGGGCAUGCUCACCGAUGUGUUCCAUGUACAAGAGACUGACAAGUACGACGCGUACUACGGCAACAGGUUCAGCGGGGAGUACGAGAUACCUGCCCACGGUCUGCCACCGUCGGCGACCAGAUACGACCUUGGCGCGGUGGCCACCGUGGGCACGACCGUAGCGCCCUGCUUCGAGGAGCCCCUACCCUCGCUCCCACUGCCGGGGGCUGACGACGACCUCUUCGGCCCGGCCAGCCCCGCAUACGUUCACGAGGACGUCAGCCCCACAUUCGAGAAGCCGUUGGUUCGCGAGAUCGAGAAGACCAUCGACGACGCCAGGUUUAUCGCUCAGCACGCCAAGAACAAGGACAAGUUCGAGAGCGUGGAGGAGGACUGGAAAUACGUGGCGAUGGUGCUCGACCGGAUCUUCCUCUGGAUAUUCACGGUGGCCUGCGUGCUCGGCACGGUGUUGAUCAUUCUCCAGGCGCCGAGCCUCUACGACACCACGAAGCCGAUCGACAUCAAAUAUAGCAAGAUCGCGAAGAAGAAGAUGAUGCUGAUGAACAUGGGUCCCGAGGAGGACUAGUCGACGAUCCCGCGCGGCCCCGCGCCGCGUCCACAGCGGCAGCUGCUCCGCCGUCGUCGCAGUCGUCAUCGCGACUAUUUUUGCCGGCAUCAUCGUCGUCAUCGCCGUCGCCGUCGUCGCCGUCGUCGUCGUCGUUGUCGUCGUCGUCGUCGUCGUCGUCGUUGUCGCCGUCGUCGUUGUCGUCGUUCUCGCCAUCAUCCUCGCCGCUGCCGCCGCCGCCGCCGCCGCCGCCGCUGUCACCAUAAUCGUGGUCGUUGUCGUGGCCGUUGUCGUACAACGGCCGCCGCCCAUCAUCCAAACUGCCGAUUUUCGCGUCGACGCGCAACAGGACCCUCUCUCGAUCGCUGCCGCCAGAGAUGAUCGGAUCUUCACGGAGGAACACGGCCAGGAAACGAUAUUGUUACGCGAGGAGCGACAGGAGGAUUCCACGAGGAGGUGGCGUCGAUCUUUCCCUCUCCGAACUUGCGAGCACGGGGAUCUUAUCCUAUGGAUAUAUUCGAUCCUGAGACUGUUUCGAGACUGGGAGACGUU